AUGAAGUUAGGAUAUACCGACGUCUUCAAAACUGAAAUAAAACUGCCACCAGACAAGCCGACGAUAAAGGCCGAGAAAGGCUGGUACGCGUCAGGGGACUCCCUAAGGGCGCAGUGCUCCUCCCCGCCGGCGGACCCUCCCGCCAACCUCACCUGGCUGCUCAACGGGCGUGACAUCGAGGGCAAGCCAGUCAUCCAGCAACGGAUCCUGCCGAGUCCAGUCGUCUCCAUCGACGUUCCUGGCAGGAGCGUAUCGGCGGCAGGAGACGAGAACAGCAACAUCAUCUUCAGCCCUUGGAAGGCGUUUGGGCCUUUCGUGGAUACUAUACAGGAUGGUGAACUCCUGCCCAGCCAGGAUACGGUAGUGUUGCCUACUCCGAGGCAUCAGUUCACUUCAGUGGACGAAGACGCAACUGACCCCAUGCCCACUACUGAGACGUCAAAUAAGGUGGCCUCAAUAAGCCAGCUGUCCUUCAUGGUGAGGCCGGACAGCUUCGAGAGGGGGCAGCUGCGGCUGACGUGCAUCUCGACGGUGCACAGCGUGUACAGCGAGCAGGCCGAGCUGGUCAUCAACGAGGAGCGGCCGCAGAUCGCCUCGGUGCUAGGCACCAGGGAUGAUGCUAGAGGUUAGUG